UUGAGUGCAGUGAAGUCACAUGCUCUACCCCCCCUACCCCCGCCCCUGUUCUGACACUGCAGAUGUUGAUGAGUGCUUGGAGAACAGAUGUCACCCCUCGGCUACCUGCUACAACACCCCCGGCUCCUUCUCCUGCCGCUGCCAGCCUGGCUAUCAUGGGGACGGACUUCAGUGCACACCUGACACCACCUCAGGACUGAAAACCUGUGAGCGUCAGCAGCGCGCCGCCCAGGCUCAGCACCUCUACCCGGGCGUCAGGAUCCACAUCCCCCAGUGUGACGAGCAGGGCCACUUCCUGCCACUGCAGUGCCACGGCAGCACCGGCUUCUGCUGGUGCGUGAACCCCGACGGUCAUGAAGUCCCUGGUACCCGGACGCCACCCGGCUCUAACCCACCUCACUGCGGACCCCCAGGUGAGCCAAUCCAGAAAGAAACCUUGUGCCUG